AUGCUGAAGAGUGGGAUCCAGCAGGCGCUCCGCGCUUCCAUGCGCAGGCCGGCCAUCCGCCGCAGCGCAUUUUCGCCCAUGAAGAAGAGCUUCGCCCCCGCGCUCUCCACCCGAUUCGCCAGCACCGACGCAACAAAGGAUGGCAAGAUUCAUCAGGUCAUUGGCGCCAUCGUAGAUGUCAAGUUCGACACCGAGCAGCUCCCUGCUAUUCUCAACGCCGUCACCACCCAGAACGGCGACCAGAAGCUGAUUCUCGAAGUUGCUCAACAUUUGGGUGAGAACGUCGUCAGAUGUAUUGCCAUGGAUGGUACCGAGGGUCUCGUCCGCGGUUCCAAGGCCACCGACACCGGUGCCCCCAUCAAGAUUCCCGUUGGUCACGGUACCCUUGGUCGUAUCAUGAACGUCACUGGUGACCCCAUUGACGAGCGUGGUCCCAUCAAGGCCACCAAGUACGCUCCCAUCCACGCCGACCCCCCGGAGUUCACCGAGCAAUCCACCUCCGCUGAGGUCCUCGUUACCGGUAUCAAGGUUGUCGACCUGUUGGCUCCUUACGCUCGUGGUGGAAAGAUUGGUCUCUUCGGAGGUGCUGGUGUCGGAAAGACUGUCUUCAUUCAGGAGCUGAUUAACAACAUCGCCAAGGCCCACGGUGGUUUCUCCGUCUUCACUGGUGUCGGUGAGCGUACCCGUGAGGGUAACGAUCUGUACCACGAGAUGCAGGAGACUUCCGUCAUUCAGCUUGACGGUGACUCCAAGGUCGCCCUCGUCUUCGGUCAGAUGAACGAGCCCCCGGGUGCCCGUGCCCGUGUCGCUCUUACUGGUCUUACUGUUGCUGAAUACUUCCGUGACGAAGAGGGACAGGAUGUGCUUCUCUUCAUCGACAACAUUUUCCGUUUCACCCAGGCCGGUUCCGAGGUGUCCGCUCUUCUUGGUCGUAUCCCCUCUGCCGUCGGUUACCAGCCCACCCUCGCCAUUGACAUGGGUGUCAUGCAGGAGCGUAUUACCACCACCACCAAGGGUUCCAUCACCUCCGUCCAGGCCGUCUACGUGCCCGCUGACGAUUUGACUGACCCUGCCCCCGCCACCACCUUCGCCCAUUUGGACGCCACCACUGUCUUGUCCCGUGGUAUCUCCGAGUUGGGUAUCUACCCCGCCGUCGACCCUCUUGACUCCAAGUCCCGUAUGUUGGACCCCCGUGUCAUUGGUCAGGACCACUACGACACCGCCACCCGCGUUCAGCAGAUUCUCCAGGAGUACAAGUCGCUCCAGGAUAUCAUUGCCAUUCUCGGUAUGGACGAGUUGUCGGAAGCUGACAAGCUUACCGUCGAGCGUGCCCGUAAGAUCCAGCGUUUCUUGAGCCAGCCUUUCGCUGUCGCCCAGGUCUUCACUGGUAUUGAGGGCAAGCUUGUCGACCUCAAGGACACCAUCCGAUCAUUCAAGGCUAUCUUGACUGGUGAGGGUGACGACCUUCCCGAGGGUGCUUUCUACAUGGUUGGUGACUUCGAGUCAGCACGCGCCAAGGGAGAGAAGAUUCUUGCUGAGCUCGAGAAGUCAUAG